AUGUCUUUUCUCGAGCGCCAAACAACGCGAAUCACUGGCACCGAGCAUGGUGACCGACGCAACAGCUUUCUGCAUUCCUCGUCAGCAGGCAAAGUCCCCAAUGCGAAAAAGCCUCGCUCUCGACCACCGGCGUCACUGCGCGACCACCUCCCCUACCCAAACUCUACAUUAUGCCCCCCAUCCGGACCGUAUUCCGUUGGCAGCAUGGAGAUUGAAGUUCCCGUCGAAACCCCUCGGCCCAUAUCCAACAUUAAGCGAAAUGGCAGGCAUCUUUUGCAACUAGAAACCGUUCUAUUCACACUCUACUACCCAGCUGCAUUUGGAAUUGGAAGCGGACCUGCGCCAGGAGGAGAGAAGAAGUGGAGUAGAGAGACUUGGCUUCCAAGACCACGAAUGGAGACGGCCAAGGGAUAUGCACGGUUUGCAGGGAUACCCGACUCGAUUGGUAUUGGGUUGUUUGCUGCCACCACUAUGCUCACAAAGCUGCGUGCAUACCGGAAUAGCCCGCCAGCCACACACUGGCCUCCUGAAGGAAAUAUGAAGAAGAACGGAUACAAAAUCAAGAAUCAACAAGGCAGCCCGCCCGAGGGUAUGAGUGGGGAACCAACAUUUCCCCUGCUCAUGUUUAGUCAUGGCUUGGGUGGUUCGAGAACUGCUUAUAGCAGCCUAUGCUCUGAAUUUGCCAGCUACGGCUUUGUUGUAUGUGCUGUAGAACACAGAGACGGUAGUGGGCCUCGUACCUUUGUAAACCACAGGAAGCAAGGGCAGCAAAGAAAAAAUAAGCAUGGUCAGGGCAGAGAUGACCAAAACGAGCAAAACGAGAAAGACUUUGACAAGUUCCGACAUCUGGAUCAUACCGAAGCAGAGAUUGCGCAAGGCUAUCACCAUGUGGACUACAUCUUCCCGAAAAACAACCCCAAGGAUACCGCACCAAACAACGAACACGGCGUUGACAGUGAGCUACGUAGUGCUCAGAUUGAAAUGCGUCUUUGUGAACUGGAAGAAGCAUACCGCGUGCUGAAGAUGAUUUGCGCGGGCGACGGCGAACAGAUGGCCCAGCAGAACCUGAGGGGUGAAGGCUAUGUGGGCGGUUCGUCCAGAGGUCUGAAUGGCGUCGAUUGGUCUCAAUGGAAACACCGUUUCUCUGUGGACAAGAUGACCAUGGCUGGGCACAGUUUUGGAGCAGCGACUGUGGUCGAAGUACUCAGGCAUACCAAUCGAUUCACAAAUGUCCAGGCCGGAAUCAUUUACGACAUAUGGGGUGCGCCUAUAAAGCCGCCGUCUGAUGAUCCUCAACAUCGGAUCCACCUUCCCCUGCUUGGUAUCGCAAGUGAAGCUUUCUUUUACUGGGAAAAGAACUGGGACGCUUCAAUGUCCCUGAUGAAGGAAGCCAGUGAGCAUGGUGCACCUGCAUAUCUACUGACCGUCCGAGGCUCGGUUCAUAUCAACCAAAGCGACUUUUCGAUCUUGUAUGAGCACAUCACAUCCUUUUUCAUGAAGGCGACGGUCAAUCCCGAGAGAGCCAUUGACCUGAAUAUCGGGACAAGUCUCGAAUUCCUACGCCUCGUGACGCCCGACCAUGGCGGGGGGAAAUCAAUCAUCAGCCGCUGCAUAACUGACGAGCACAUCCUGCAAACACGGUUAAUGGAAGAAACGCCCAACGAACAUCGACCCAGUGAUGAAUGGAUCGCUGCCCGUCUCCGUGUAGACAAACCGUUCCGAAGACGCAUGACGGCUGGGCUGCAACGAAAGUUCAAGCGGCACUUCCGGGACAGCACUGGGACCGAGUACACAACGUCGGACGAAAUGUGGUGUUUCUUCAAGCCUUCCGACGAAGAGUUGCAGGAGUGGAUUGAAAGGGAAGAGAGAGGGCAAAAGCGGAUUGAUGGAGAGCAUGCCACUGUGCCCGAGGGGAAAUGGCAAGAAAGUGCCGAUGCAGGCGGGUCGCUGAGUGAUGCUGAGAAGGACGACGAGACGUUACAAAGUGCAGACGACGGCGGGUCCAAAAAUACCACGGCCUCACAAAGACGAGGCGAGAAAUGUGCGCAGCCGUGUGUGCGCGAUUGA